AUGCCGAGCACAGCCGCACACCGCUCCUUCCACACCCGUUUGGGUGGCUCUCUCUCAGCUCCCCCACAAUACGCCAGGCAGCCUUAUCGCCAUGCCCAGACAGGUCGCCGCUAUGGCCACGGCAAGAACUCUAGAUCCUAUUUCGAGAGGGAAGAUGUCUGGAUCACAGCGCUAACUGACGAGAGGGAUGAGCUGGCUGCGACCGGAGUAGGCGAUGGCUGGAUCAUGGCGCCCGAUGAGGAUGAAGACGAGGCCUAUGAACUGGAGCUAUAUCGGCACCUGUACCUUUGCGAUGCGUCAAUGCAGCAAGCAUGGCUUGAAGACUCACUCCCGGAUUAUUUGUUCGACGAAAUGGUCGCUGAACACAUGCAGUGGAUGCAUGAGAUGGGUAGUGAGACCCAAUACGAUGUAUACGACGAGUUCGACUAUCUCGUUUGA